UUUGUUCGAACUUAGGGAAAUCUAAAUAGAAGGUGUCACGAGGUUGUGAAACCAUGUCUCUUGGAUUAUAUUCCAGAUUUAUCCCUCAGGAUCACGGGUUAUCCGAAACGUUUCGUCUGUUAGACUUCACAAAACUCAAAGGAUGAGGAUGCAAAGUCCCUCAGGAGCAACUGCUAAAGCUCCUUGAGGGACUUGAUCACAAGAGAGGAGAAGGAAAAAUCGGUGUUGGAAUGGACAGUUGUGUUCUUCCCACAAGGCAUAAGGGAAUAAGUCUUGUUCAGACCACUGAUUUCUUUUAUCCUCUCGUGGAUGAUCCUUACAUGCAAGGAAAGAUUGCUUGCGCGAAUGUGUUGAGUGACUUAUACGCUAUGGGGGUUACUGAAUGUGAUAAUAUGUUAAUGUUACUUGGAGUAAGCAGUCAAAUGACACUGAAGGAAAGAGAAGUUGUGACGCCAUUAGUGAUCAAAGGUUUCAAUGAUCUGGCAUUAGAAGCUGGUACAACAGUGAACGGAGGACAGACAGUGAUUAAUCCAUGGUUCAUUACUGGUGGAGUUGCUUCCAGUGUUGUCUCCGACGACGAAUUUAUCAUGCCAGAAAGUGCAGUGGCUGGUGAUGUUUUAGUCCUUACUAAACCUCUUGGAACUCAGAUUGCUGUCAAUGCACACCAGUGGUUGGAGGAUAUUGAUCCCAAAUUUUGGAACAAGAUCAAGGAUGUUGUUACACCUGCAGAAGUAGAAAAAAGCUAUGAGAAUGCUGUGGAAUCAAUGUCUAGGUUGAACCGGAAUGCUGCUUGCAUGAUGCACAAGUAUGAUGCCCAUGGUGCUACAGAUGUUACUGGAUUUGGAAUUCUCGGACAUGCAAAUAAUUUGGCAAAAAACCAGAAAGGCGAGGUGUCAUUUAAAAUACACACACUUCCCAUCUUGGCCAACAUGGUGAAGAUUUUUAAGGCUUCUGGUAUUAAUUUCAAAUUACUGGAUGGAUUUUCAGCUGAAACUUCUGGUGGUCUUCUUGUUUGUCUGCCACAUGACAAAGCCCAGAGUUACUGUGAUGAGCUUGAAGCUUUAGAUGGAAAACCAUCCUGGAUUAUUGGUGAAGUGGUGAAUGGAAACAGACAGGCCAAGUUGGAGACAGAUCUUAAGAUUAUUGAAGUUUAGGAGUUGGUCGCCAGUUAUACUAAAUAAAAAAUAAAUUUAAUAAUUAUGUAUGAUAGAUAACUACUUGUUUUGAAGGUUAGAACCCCUACUCCAUGCCGUAAUGUCUUAUUAUUCAAAGAAGUAUGGUUUUGUUAUUUUCAAUUGAAUUCAAACUGUUUAGUUUGAUUUUUGCAAUAAUAGAUGCCAUCCUUGAUGUCAUAUAUGAAGUUCUUUGGGUAAAAAGUGAAUCCUGAAGAAUGGAUGCUUCAGAUAUCACAGGAGAUCUGCAACAAAGAUGGUAAUUAGUAAUUUUGCUUUCUCUGCUGAGCCUAUUGCAUGAUGCUUGUUGGGCUCAAAUUUCCCAAGUCACUGUCUUGAAUGGUUCAUAUUUGUGGUACUAAGUAUUAGCUAGACUUUUUAUUCCUUCAGUGAAUUCAUGGUGUUUAAUUUGUGUGUGAAAAUUUAAGUGCUCUAGUUGUUAUCUUGUAUGAAGCUUUAAGGUAAAGAUUGUAACCUAAGGAGCUGAUGUUAUAGAUAUAACGCAAGGCCAGUAUGAUUUCUUAAGAGCUUCAUGUGAGUUCCAAUGUAAGUUAAAUUAUCAUUUGAACCCAUUAAAAACUGAGUGCAAUAGAA